UAAGCACUCAUGAACUGAACAAAUGAGACAGAAGCAUGGCAGUUUUUACACUACUUACCUGCUCUCUGAUUAUUCUUCCUGCUUCCCAGCCUUGCCAGACCCCUGAUGACUUUGUGGCUGUCACUUCUCCAGGACAUGUCAUGAUUGGAGGUUUGUUCCCCAUUCACGAAAAAAUGAUGUUCUCAGAAGACCACCCCAGAAGACCACAAAUCCAGAAGUGCAUUGGCUUUGAAAUAUCAGUCUUUCUUCAAACUCUUGCCAUGAUACACAGCAUUGAGAUGGUCAAUAAUUCCACAUUAUUAUCUGGAAUCAAAUUGGGGUAUGAAAUUUAUGACACUUGUACAGAAGUCACAGCAGCAAUGGCAGCAACACUGAGGUUGCUUUCUACACUCAGCUCCUCCAGAGACUCUCUGGAGUUUCAGUGUGACUAUUCCACCUACAUACCAAGAGUCAAGGCUGUCAUAGGUGCUGGCUACUCAGAAAUAACCAUGGCUGUCUCCCGGACACUGAAUUUACAGCUCAUGCCACAGGUGAGUUAUGAAUCAACUGCAGAAAUCCUAAGUGACAAAAUUCGUUUUCCUUCAUUUUUACGGACUGUGCCCAGUGACUUCCAUCAAACUAAAGCAAUGGCCCAACUAAUUCAGAAAUCAGGAUGGAACUGGAUCGGUGUCAUAACCACAGAUGAUGACUAUGGACGACUGGCUCUUGACACAUUUGCAGUUCAGGCUGCAGCAAACAAAGUGUGCAUAGCUUUCAAGGAGGUUCUCCCAGCCUUCCUCUCUGAUAAGACCAUUGAAGUCAGGAUCAAUCAGACACUUGAAAAAAUCAUUGCAGAAGCCCAGGUUAAGGUCAUUGUGGUAUUUCUGAGGAAAUUCCAUGUCUUCAAUCUCUUCAAUAAAGCCAUUGAAAGGAAUAUAAAUAAGAUGUGGAUUGCUAGUGAUAACUGGUCAACUGCUACCAAGAUUAUCACUAUUCCCAAUGUUAAAAAGAUUGGCAAAGUUGUGGGAUUUGCCUUUAGAAGAGGGAAUAUGUCCUCUUUCCAUUCCUUUCUUCAAACUCUGCAUAUGUAUCCCAACGACAACAACAAGAUCCUUCAUGAAUACGCCAUGCUUUCUUCUGCCUGUGAACAAGUCAAAGACAGUGAUUUGAGUCAAUGUAUUUCCAACCAUUCCCAUGAGAUGUUGACAUACAAGAUUCACCAGGCUGUAGCAAGGAACUUGCUCAUGAGAAAUGACUUCCUCUGGCAUUAUGCAGAACCAGGACUCAUUCACAGUGUUCAGCUUGCAGUGUUUGCUCUUGCUUAUGCUAUCCGGGACCUGUGCCAAGCUCGAGACUGUCAGAACCCCAACGCCUUUCAACCAUGGGAGUUACUUGGUGUGCUGAAAAAUGUAACUUUCAGUGAUGGAAGAAAUUCUUUUCAUUUCGAUGCCCAUGGAGACUUGAAUACUGGAUAUGAUGUUGUGCUGUGGAAGGAGGCCAAUGGCCAGAUGACUGUCACCAAGAUGGCAGAGUAUGACCUACAGGAUGAUGUCUUCGUCCUCACAAGUGAAGAAACCGAAAAGGAAUUCAGGAAACUUAAGCAAAUUCUAUCUAAAUGCUCCAAGGAAUGCAGCCCAGGACAAAUGAAGAAGACAACGAAAAGCCAACACACUUGCUGUUAUGACUGUGUGAGCUGCCCCGAAAAUCACUUCAGUAAUCAGACAGACAUGGAUCACUGCCUCCUGUGCAGCAAUGAAACUCACUGGGCCCCUGAGAGGAGCACCAGGUGCUUGGAGAAGGAGAUAGAGUUCCUCAACUGGGGCGAUGCCUUGGCUGUCCUACUAGUGGCCUUCUCCCUUCUGGGAAUCGCCUUUGUCCUGGCCAUUGGAAUAAUAUUUACACGAAACCUGAACACACCCGUUGUAAAAUCUUCCGGGGGAUUACUGCUCUGCUAUGUGAUCCUUCUCUGCCAUUUCCUCAACUUCAUCAGCACUGGCUUCUUCAUCGGAGAACCGCAUGACUUUACAUGUAAAACCAGGCAGAUGCUAUUUGGUGUGAGCUUUACUCUGUGUGUCUCCUGCAUUUUGAUGAAGUCCCUGAAAAUUCUGCUGGCUUUCAGCUUUGACCCCAAGUUGCAGAACUCCCUGAAAUGCCUCUAUAGACCAAUCCCCAUCAUCAUCACGUGCACAGGAGUCCAGGUCCUCAUUUGCACGCUCUGGCUCACCUUCGCAGCACCUGUGGUGGGGGAGAACGUGUCCUUGCCCAGGGUCAUCAUCCUGGAAUGCCAUGAGGGGUCUGCACUGGCAUUUGGCACCAUGCUGGGCUACAUUGCCAUACUGGCCUUCAUCUGCUUCGUAUUUGCCUUCAAAGGCAGGAAGUUACCCGAGAAUUACAAUGAAGCCAAAUUCAUAACCUUUGGCAUGCUCAUUUACUUCAUAGCAUGGGUCACUUUCAUCCCCGUCUAUACUACCACAUUUGGCAAGUAUCUGCCUGCUGUGGAGAUCAUUGUUAUCUUAAUAUCCAACUAUGGGAUCCUGUGUUGCACCUUCUUCCCCAAGUGCUAUGUCAUUCUUUGCAAACAAGAGACUAAUACAAAGUCAGCUUUUCUCCAGCUGGUUUACAGCUACUCUUCACACAGUGCCGACAUCCUCACUGUGAGCCACACUUCCUUAAACCCCACCAAUAGCAGCAUCUUGAUGACCCGUGCUGGCCCUGGUGGCAAGGGUGCAGCCUGGAGGAGAAGCAAAGACUUUCAGGCACAAGCACGUGCACACUUAGGCAAAGAAAUUGCUGCGAAAAUGUCUAAAACUUUGCUUCAGAAGAGAAGUUCAAGUAUAUGAGCAAGCCUUUGGGAGUGGGCACACUACAGAGUGCAGUGUUGCAGGGACUUUGUCCCAAGCCAUGCAUUUGUCUCCCAGCAAAUGCAUCUCAUAUAUUUCUUCUCUGUAACCACCUUCACCAAAUUUUGAUUGAAUAUUCACUCUGCCCAGCCACCUGCUCAGGACGGAAAGAGAGCCUCCACUCUGAAACUCCCUUCAUGCUUACCACCGCCAUCAGUCUCCACCUCAGUCCUCCUUCCUCCGAGACACUCCUUGCAUUCAAAGUUAACUCAUGAUGUGUCACCCUCGCUUUCCCACUCCGCUUCUCAAACCUCAUGGCGUGGCUCCUCUUCUCUAAAGUACCUUUACCAACCCGUUCCACUGCCCAGUGAGCGGCACAAGCAAUGAAUCAAUCAUUCCCGACCUUAAGAGCAAGGGGGAAGAAUC